AUAAACAGUUGAUACAGGGGGAGCAGCUCAGGGCACUGAGUCAGAGCUCGACUGGGAGUUUGUUUCUCGCUUUCACUCUACACUGAAACUUUUUAAACGUUUAAUUUCAAUACUUUAUUUUUCUAACAUUGCUGUAAUGUCGACCAACGGGAGCUCCCUGGCCGGUGAGGGGAUGUACUCCAAACUGAUAGACGAUGAGGUUGCAUAUGACGAUCUGAACCGCAGGCCAGAUGUGGGACUCAGUGCUCACCCAGUAUCUCCAGUCAUGAGGAUCCCCAGGCCGAGCGGCCCAGGCCCCUACCGCCUUGUCACCUUCUGCCUUGCUACGUUGUGUGCCGUCCUGUUGAUCUCAAUUAUAGCUGUCACUGCACACUAUAAGAACAAAACUCAGAGCGGUGUUGAAGGGACGUCUGAGAUGCAGCGGCAGGACGUAAACAUGUCAGAUCUGACCGCCUCCAUAAGCAAACUGCAGCAGGAGAAAAAACAGCUUCAGCAAGAGAAGGACGAGCUGCUGGCCAAACUGGCUACCAAGAUGACCACGAAAGCUCCCAGUGUGAACAAACCUAUGACGAAGGCCCCUAUCGUCUGCCCCGUGGACUGGUAUCUCUUCAACAACAGCUGUUACUUUAUCUCCAGAACCACAAGGGAUUGGCCCGAGAGCCAGUCGUACUGCCAGAGCCAAGGAGCUCACCUGGCCAUCAUCCACACGGCAGAGGAGCAGACGUUUCUGUGGGAUCUUCUUCCCAGAGGCCACUGGAACGCCUUCUGGUUUGGGAUCACUGACGAGCACACAGAGGAUCAGUGGAAAUGGGUGGAUGGCACCCCGCUGGUCGGAGGUUUUUGGGAGGUCGGCGAGCCCAACAACCACAUUGACGAGGACUGUGGCUACAUUGUGAAAACAAAUGUACUGGAGCGAGUGGCGAUUCGGAGCUGGUACGACGCCCCCUGCACCAUGUACAGGGCCUUUAUUUGUGAGAAAGAGAUGGGUGCUGGCGCCAGCACCGCCACGCCACACUGAGACGUCAGCACUGCUCUGAUCGAAAACAAGCUUACCUGUAAGUAGUUUGGUAUAAACCCCCGUCUGUCAGAAGGAUUACAGAAUAACUACUUGCCUAAUUUUCUUGAAACUUGGUGGAAGGGUACAGCAUGGGUCAAGGAAGAACCCAUUCAUUCAUUCAGCCUAACCUGUAUCUCCUGUUAGGGAAAUGUUAUCUUCUACGAAGCAGAUAUUAUGUUGUACCUAGGAGAUAAACUUUGUAAGGUUUUGGCCAAUAUUGCCCGCAAAUUCUUUUUUACCUUGCCUUUCAAGGCUUCCAUAUGUUUUACCGGAUAAAUAUGAAAUAUUUCUUUUAUUUUUCCUGAAAUGAACAGAAGGUGUUUUGGACUUUCUACUUGUCUCAUCUGUAACAAAAGCAUGGGUCCGCUCUGUGCAGAACACCGGACACAAAUAUGGUUAAAAGUGUUAUUAAAAUGGAUUUAUGGUAGUAGGAAUAAAAUUAAAGGUAGCUCUGCAGCAUGUACUGUACUUUUCAGACUUCUUCAUACAGUUUCAACCUUUACAUAUUUCUUCUUUACUUUGUCAAUGACUGCAUAAUGAAUAUAUAAAUACAUAUAUAUAUUCAAAUCAUCUUUAUUAUGGGACUAUUACUUUUUAGUUCUUUAGAAAUAUAAUAAACACAAGGGUUAACAAAAAGACAUUUAAAUUGUACAACCUCAUAUCAUAUCAAGUACCAAAGUCCAGUUAUGAUUGACACUUGUCCAUUAUAACUAGAGUGUAUUUUGGAGACAACGCAAGCAGCAGGGAAAAUGUUUUUGUCUUUACGUUUCCAUGUAAAGGAGAAGGUGGAAGCUGAAAAAUCAGUGCUGAAAAAUAAUACUACCAAUAUCUGUUUUUGUUGAUAAAAAAGAUGUUGAAAUGAUCUAUCAUCAAGUAUCAGACGUAUCAGAUUGUAACAAUAAUGAAUCACCUGUAAGAGAUUGUAUAACUGUAAAGAAAGUAAAGUGUGCAAAGCAGGAGACUGAGUGGACUGUGGGGUUACACGUGUAUGUGUGCCUUAUACAACCUAAAUAAUGUGUCAUGUUUGUUUUAUAAAUCAGGGAUUCAAGAUAACUAUUAAUGUUGUCAUUGAUUUUUUUUGUGGAAUUAGCUUUUUAGCAAUGAUAGAUAAUAGAUGUAUAUUAACUGUACAGCGUCAGGAUGUCAGUUGUCCAUGAGAAUGUGAUAUGUAAUCCGUUUACUUCAGACCAAUUUGAAUUUGAUGCACUUUUAGAUGUCGCAGUUGUCAUACUCUUUUAGUUGCUCAGUUGAUUUUAGUCUUUUUCAAUGCCACAUGAAUCAAAUAUUUGAAAUUAUGCAGAAAUGUGUCCUGUGAAUCUUGUAAAUAAAUAAUAAAGAUAAUUGUUUUGUAUCUUA